AUGAGCAUACCCGGCUGGGCAAACUCUGCUGCCAUUCAAGCACAGAGUUCCUCUACUGAAUUGUCUCACGCUGAUGAAGAACAGAUCACGAAUACCGCGUCGCACUCCUGUGCUGAUUUUGGCCAUCUGCUACCAGAUGCCCUAACAUCGCCCUUAAAACUCCUCAUGCAUCAUGGCCUGGUACCGCUAGAAAACCGCCCACCACGUGAAGCGCUGCUUGUGCACAGUGACGAAAUCUUCAUAGAUCUCUUUGCUUUAGCACCUUCCGUUGUCUGCUGUGGGACUGCUGCAGUGGCAGCAGCCGAUAUUAUACUUCAGGAACAGCUGGAAGGAGCUUGCUGGGCGGGGGGUGAAAGCUCUUGCAGAGCGGGUUUCCCUCCUGCAGUGAACGCAGGAUGGUCUCAUGCUGCUGCAGACCUAGUGCUGCAUCAGGCACGUGUUCAGUCCUUUGGGCUUUACAGUGGUAUCGUUCGGUUCGACUUGCGUCAACGCGGUUUAGUCUUUAUUCAAGGAAGCAAGGACGUAAAACGGCGAGGACGUCUUGUUGCUGCUAACGGCGCUGGCAAAUCAACUAUGAUGCAAGCCGUCCUUUGGGCCCUUGUAGGUGAUGCAGGAUGUAGCGGAUUCACCACGGUUGCGGGAAGACCUAAAGUAACGGGCGUUGUUUGUGAUGACAUGCCGCCCACUUCCAGCUCGGAUUGCGCGGCAACGGACAGCUUCACGGGUGAGGGAAGAACCGCCGACGAACUGCUCCCAUGCCUUAGCGCUGAAGAUCGUUUCGCGUCGGUUGAACUGGAGGGUGAAAUUAAUGGGGACUCAUUUUAUCUGCGGCGAAGACGUUGGCGUUCGGGGCGCUCGGAGUUGACGCUGCAUGUUGGGGGCAGGGACAUGACAGCUCAAAGUGCCGCAGAUACGCAACGGGAGGUGAGUGCCUGCCAGUCGCAGCGUCGCGACUCGUUUGAUGAUUUUUCUUUGGGGGGCCAUGCUAACCAUACACUGUUCCAUGCUAUGUGCAUUUGCAGCUUGAAUCACUUUUUGGGGGUAGACUCAAAGCUUGGAGCAUUACUGACACUUCUUUCUCCGUUGGACAUUUGGAUAGCCGCGACGGCGGCAGCGCGCUCGAAGCAGCGAAUUCUGAGCAAGGCAGCUGAGAACCUUGAACUGGUGGCGGCAGUCAGAACGAGAGACCUUCAGCGUCUUGUAGGCAAAAUGAGAUUAUCCUCUCCUCACAUUUUGAAGACAGGACUUGCUGUUGGCGUACCUCCAUGUGGAGGGAUAUACUCCGACCCUGGUGCCAAACCAUCAGGUCUAGCUGCGGACACUAAGGAUGGGGAAUGCCCUCCUGUUCUUUCGGACUCGUGUCGAGGUGCACCACAGGGAGACGUCAAAAGAUCGGCACUUCCGCAAGCAAGGCGACUGCAGAGGCUUAUUUCACUACUGCGUUCGAGGGCGGCGUUCUAUACGUAA